GUUAGAUCCCGGAUCCUCGUCCCCAGACCUUAGUUCCCCGAGACCGAGGGGAGUACUAAGGACCCUCUCCCCAACUUGGAUUUUGGUCCACAAACUCAGGAGUACGGAGUUCAACUCCAAACACUGCAUUAAAUUCACAGUGGUGCUUUCAGGACUGCGUAGACCUAGGACAUCAGAGUUCGAUGCCGGACCCAGGUGGCUGGGGAUUUUUAAUUUAGAACCCAUGGGCAUCAAUUCUCGCGCCGCUAAUCAAAGAUAACGAGGAUCUGCGUUCAAUAUAAACUUCAUCAACGACAUCAUCAUCAUCAUCACCACCAUCGUUGAGGAGCCAUGCGUGGUUACCUGCUGGCCGCCCUCGCGGUCAUCGCCGUGGGAUGGGCCCCGUGCCACGCGGUGUGCCCCACCUUCUGGCAGGAGUACAACGGCCACUGCUACUACGUGUCCACCGAGAGCUUAGCUUGGGCCGGCGCUCGAGUCUACUGCCUGCGACACGGGGGGGACCUGAUGAGCGUCAACUCGGCGGGGGAGCAGAACUGGAUCGCGUCGCACCUUGCGGGAUCGAACCUCUACUGGUUUGGUCUGCACGACCAAGUGACCGAGGGGGUCUACGAGUGGAGCGACGGGUCCCCCUACCUGCCGGAGCUCGAGAAAUGGAGACCCGGGCAGCCCGAUGACUGGCCGGACGCAGAGGGGGGAUCUGGGGAGGACUGUGGGGACAUUGCAGCUGGGGACGGAGGGUUCUGGAACGACGGCUCGUGCCUCCUGUCCCAGAAGUUCAUCUGCGAGAGCGGCCCGGCCAUGCCGGGCUGCGACGUGGGCUGGGAGCUGAGGGGCGACUCGUGCUAUCUGCUCUCCGUGUCGCCCGAGCGCACCUGGCCGAACGCGCGCACCUACUGCGUGAGCCACGGCGGCGACCUGGUCGCGGUCACCAGUGCCGACGAGCAGGGGCACGUCCUGGCGCUCGCGCAGAGGCUCGACAACGACCCCUGGAUCGGCCUCUCCCGCCUGACGUGCACAGCGUUUGGCUGCCACGGGAACAGCAGUGACUUCCACUGGAGCACAGGAGAAGCGUUCUCAUACAGCAACUGGGAUACUGCGGAACCUGACAUAAGUCCUGAAGCCCACAAGCUGUGUGUGAAGAUCGUACGUAUGCCUGGGGAAGACACGGGCGGGUGGAUGACCAAACGCUGCGGAGAGGAGCGUCCAUUUAUCUGCAAGCGCGGCCUCAACACCGUGUGCCCCGAGGGCUGGGCCCCGUUUGCGGGCCGCUGCUACUGGGUGGUGACAAGCCUCGUCCGGAGAACAACGUGGAACGAGGCCCUCUUCACCUGCCAGAGGAUCGGCGCCCAGCUUCUCUCCAUCAACAGUGUUGACGAGCAGGACUACAUCAACUCUCUGAUUCCUGACCUCCAGAACAACCGAGUCGUGGACUUCUGGAUCGGAGCGUCCGACAAGGAGCGCGAUGGCGAGAUGAAGUGGUCCGACGGGACGGCCGUGUCUGGGUUCACAAACUGGGCUGCGAAUCACCCCCGCAACACGCCGGGGCGAUGGGACUGUGGGCAGAUUUACACCGGCUCAGAAUCGGGCAAGUGGGAGACGACCGACUGCAUCAAGGUGCAGAGCUUCGUGUGCGAGGUGCACGGGGGGCAGGUGGUGCUGCCGACGGCCUCGCCAGACGGCUGGUGCGAGUCGGGCUGGCUGCUGCACGCGGACUCGUGCUACCUGUUCGAGCACGAGACGCUGCGCACGUUCCAGGCGGCGCGGGACUUCUGCCAGCAGCAGGCGGGGGCCCUGGCGAGCAUUCACAAUGAGGACGAGAUGAGCUUCAUCGGGGCUCACGUGAGCGACACCGCCUUCAUUGGCCUCAAUGACAUCGUCCACGAGGGCACCUGGGAGUGGGUGGACGGCACUCCUACGGAUUACCUGCGCUGGCGCGAGGGCCAGCCAGACAAUUGGAUGAACUCGGAGCACUGUGUGACAGUGCUGAAUCCCGCGGCAUACGGACGCGCCGAGUUCAACGACAUCAACUGCAACCAGCCCCACGUCUACGUGUGCAAGAAGCCCAAGCAUACGGGCACUGGACCAAAACCACCCACACCGACAUACCCGGGUUGGAAUCAGAAGUGUGGAAGUUGGAUCGAUGACCCCAUUGGACCCUCGUGUUACCUCAUCCGCGACACCCACUACAAGACCUGGGAGGACGCGCACACAGACUGCAUGGCCUACGAGGGAAACCUCCUGAGCGUCUCCAACCCCUUCGAGCAGCUGGUCAUCCAGGGCCUCGUCGCGAAUGUGGACACGGGCCUUGCGCUCUGGAUGGGCGGCCACGACGCCGACUCUGCGGGGGGGUGGGCCUGGAGUGACGGCGCGCCCUUCCAGUACUUCAACUGGGCCCCCGGGGAGCCCGAUGGACGGCUUGGGAGGAACUGCCUGUCCAUGCGGCUUGAUGACCAGAAGUGGCAGGACGAGGCAUGCACGUCCCUGCGGGGCUACAUCUGCGAGAGACGAGGCAACGUACCAGACCCAGAGCCAGACGAGCACGAGGGCUUCCUGCGUGUGUACGCGUGUCGCGGGGAUGCGUUGACCAUCGACUGCCACGGGGACCGCGUGAUACAGAUCCGCUCGGCCACCUGGGGACGUUCGAGCAAUGACAAGUGUGCCGUGGGGGCCCAGACCGGCUCGUGCGUGGUUCCGGGGGCGGUGCAGCGCGUGCGCACUCACUGUGAGAACCGGCCCUGGUGUCUGGUCCGAGCCACAGAAGACGAGUUCGGGGACAGCUGCCCCACCAUCACCAAGUACCUCGAGGUCACCUACAGCUGCGAGCAAAACGUGUGCGUGCAGGGCCUGGGAAUGGAGUCGGGAGCCAUACCAGACUCCCACAUCACCGCCUCCUCCUCGGCGUCAGGGUGUCCAGCCAACGAGGCCCGUCUCCACGGCAAUAGCUGGUGGUCACCUAACAACAACGCGGGCUCGUGGCUGCAAGUGGACCUGGGCUCGGUGUUCCAGGUGACCGGCAUCUCAACGCAGGGCAGCGCCCGCACGAACCACUGGGUCACGACGUACCACGUGCACACGAGCUCCAACGGCGCCACAUGGGCCCCGUACCAGGAGAACGGCGCCACAUACGUGUUUGCGGGUAACGACGACCGGACGACAGUGGUCACCCACCUGCUUGGCAUUACCCCAAUCGUGCGCUACGUGCGCAUCGUGCCCCAGAGCUACGCGACCACGCCCGCCCUGCGCAUAGAGAUCCACGGCUGCGCACCCAGCUAUGCUGCUCAGUGCGGCAGUCAAAAUCUACUCGGCGAUCACGAGCAAAAGAUAACUGUGCACUGCCCGCCUGGAUGUACCCUGGCUCGGAACAUCGUGUACGGAACGUCCGUCUACCGCGGGGACUCGCCCGUGUGUGUGGCGGGCGUGCACGCCGGCGUGGUGUCAAGUGACCACGGUGGGGAGGUCACGGUGCUGAGGCGGCCAGGCCAGAGCCUCUACCCGGGCUCCACGCGCAACGGCGUCACCUCCCAAACGUACGAAGGCACUUGGACAGAUUCCUUCGCCUUUGCUGAUGGAGAGCUACGGUGCGAGAGUGCCCAAUGGCACGAGUUUGGAAACUCGUGCUACCACGCUGUAACCGAGGCCCUGUCCUGGGCGUCCGCUCGCCGCUCCUGCUUGACCAUGGGCGCUGAACUCAUCUCCCUGGGUUCCCUCACCGAACAAGCCUGGCUUGAGUCCUUCCUCUACAUGGCAUCGGGCCCGCUGUGGAUUGGGCUCAACGAUCUAGCUGUCGACCGCUACUUCCUGUGGUCGGACGGGAGCGACGUGCGCUACACGAACUGGGCCCGGGGCCAGCCAGACGGAGGCGCCGUCCUGAGGCAGCAGUGUGUGGAGAUGAGAGCCUCGGAUGGGCGCUGGAAUGACCAGAUGUGCUCGGUGCCGAACUUUGCUGUGUGCGAGAAACCCAAGAAUCAUUACCCAGCCCCCUCCGUGCCCCCCAUCGUGGACGGCUGUCCACAGGGCUGGCUGGGCUACGCGGACUCGUGCUAUCUGCUCGACGAGGUUGAGUACGCGCGUGGGUUCGCGAAACUCUUCUGCCACGACCACGGCGCCACCAUCGUGCACGUACACGACAUCUACGAGCAGUCGUUUCUGACGGCCGUGCUGGGCAGCGAGAGCGGGCGCUGGUGGCUCGGCAUGGCGGCGCGACCCAACGACCAGGGCGGGGUCGACUUCAUCUGGGACAACGGCAUGGCCGUCACUUACACUCAUUGGGGGCGCAACAUGCCCGACACGCAGGCGGGGACGUGCGUGACCAUGGAGGCCGGGACCUCGGGCGGCGGGCUGUGGCAGUCGGAGCCGUGCGACUCGCGUCUCCGCUCCGUGUGCGAGCGUCCGCGAUCCGGCCACACCCCAGCCCCCCCGCAGCCCACCCCACCCGGGGGGUCGUGCCGCACCGACCUGGGCUGGGUUGGCUCCACCUCCCUGCACCACUGCUACCAGAUAAACGGGGGGCGGCCGUCCCAGCGAAUGAACUGGCACGAGGCGCGGCACGACUGCCAGCUGAAGGGCGCCGAGCUGGCGAGCUUCCACAGCGCUGACGAAGAGGCCUACGUGGCCGGGCUGUCGGCCGGGCGAUAUCUCUGGAUUGGCCUCCACGCGUUGGGCCUCACCGGAGAGAUGGAGUGGUCGGACGAGACGCCCGUGGACCACAUCAACUGGGGGCCGGGGGAGCCUAACAACGCGCAGAGCGUGGAGGACUGCGUGGAGGUGUCGGUGUCGUGGGGCAGAUCCUCCUACUGGAACGACCUCAACUGCGACGCCGUGCGCGACUGGGUCUGCCGCAUCCCGCGCUUCAUUCAGCCUGUGGUGCCGCCCACUUUCCCACCCGACCAGCCCGCCCCCGAGUGUGGCUUCAGUCCAGGCUGGCGCAAGUUCCGUAACGUGUGCUACCUCUACAACGACACAGAGCGCACGGACUUCCACUCCGCAUUGGAGAACUGCCUCUCCGACGGAGCCAUGCUCGCAUCCGUGCACAGCGUGGCCGAGCAGGCGUACUUGUCCGGCCUGGUGGGCAGAGGAGAUUCAGCCCUGUCGUGGAUUGGACUCUGGGAGAUCGGGAACAUCGAGGGCCAGUACAGAUGGACGGACUUCAGUCCCGUGGGGUACACCAACUGGGGCCAGGGGGAGCCCAACGACGCUGGGGGCGCGGAGCAGUGCGUGGCCAUGUCCCGCCUGAACGGUCAGUGGAGCGACUACAACUGUGGCCAGUCGAGCAUGGGCUACAUCUGCAAGAAAUACCCAGGAGGCUCGCACACGCGCCCCCCCCCGACCCCGCCGUGGCAUGGCAAUUGCCCGAGGGGCUGGAUGCUCUUUGGCAGCAAGUGCUUCCUGGUGAGGGGAGCGGCGGGCGGCACGGCCGAGGAGGGAGUCCGCUCGAGCUGGAGCGACGCUCGCGCCUGGUGCCGCUACAAUGGGGGCGACCUCGCCGUGAUCAGCACGCACCGCGAGAACGAUUUUGUGGCGAGCCACCUGGAGGGGCUGGGGGUGUCCGUGUGGAUCGGCUUCUCGGAUUCACUCUCCGAGGGAGAGUUCACCUGGGUCGACGGGAGCCGCGUCACCUUCACCAACUGGAACAGCGGGGAGCCCAACAACGGCGGCAUACGGGGGGAGCACUGUGCGGAGAUGGUCCAUCAUGGCCGCUCUGCCGGCCGCUGGAAUGACAUGCUCUGCUCCGUUGUACGCGGCUUUGUGUGCCACAUGAAAAAAGACUCCGUGAUUCCCGACCCGAAGCCCACGAGUGGUCACUGCCCGACGGGCUUCACGUCGACGCGCAGGUCCAGCUGUUACCGCGUGAGUGACACCGUCGCCACCUGGGAGGCGGCGCGCGACGCGUGCCGGGCCGAGCACCACGGCGCCGACCUCGCCAGCGUCGACUCGGCCUACGAGCAGGCAUUCCUCAACGCCGUCGCGCAGCCCGAGAAAGACGACAUGUGGAUCGGGCUCAGCGACAAGGUCAAGGAGGGAGAGUACACUUGGUCGGACGGCUGGCCCGUGCUCUACUCGAACUGGGGCUUCGGGGAGCCGUCCCGCGGGACCGGACAGGGCUGCGUCAGCGCCAACGGCAUCGGAUUUUUGCGAGGCUCUUGGAACGACACCGAGUGCUCGCGACACCUGCACUACGUGUGCGAGUACAACAACGAGCCUCCUCCGCCGACACCGCCAGCGGUUGGCGGGAGCUGCUGGGAUGGCUGGCAGCCGUACGGACGCCACUGCUACUUCAUCUUUGACGGAAGCCUUGGGGGUGCGACCACGUGGCCCGAGGCUCGCCAGGAGUGCGAGAUCGUCCACGGGUCCCACCUGGCGUCCAUCCACAGCCGCGCCGACACCGAGUUCCUAUUACGUGCAAACUUCACUCGCUACCACAACCUGUGGAUUGGACUUGGACGAGACGAGCUCCUGGGCUGGUCGUGGACUGACGACACUCCUGUCGGCUACACCAACUGGGCAGACGGGGAGCCCAACGACAUGAUGCACGAAGAGGCAUUCAUCGAGUCGUGCGUCGAGUUCUACCACCAAGACGGCACCUGGAACGACCAGGAUUGCGAGCAGAAGCGCGGCUUCAUCUGCCGCAUUAAUCAGGUUAUUGAAGAUGUCUCGACUGAAAAGACGCCAAUCAAUCCAGACAAAGUCAUUCCCACGAUCGUGGUUCCCGUGGUGGCGGUGGUCACGGUGUUGCUCUUGAUCGGCGUGGUGAUCACGGCGUACUACGCGAAGCGUCGCCGUGACAGCAACAACGGCGGUGACAGCUCGAAAAUCUCCGAGCCACGCAGCAGCGCCACGGUUCCCACGCCCGGCUUUGAAAACCCGCACUACUACGUGUCGGAGGAGCAAGGCGGUCAGUAGACGGAGGUUGUAAUGUGGUGAUCGGCUGAAUCACUAGCACAGGAAUACAAUGUCACGUACGCGUGACAAUUCACACACACACACACAAGUAUACAAAUAAAGGAUAAGCUGGAUAUUAGCACACAACGCUUGAGAGUCACAAAAUAAAUAAGCAAACAAUACACCUUCAUUUAUCCAUAAAAAGACACUGGCAUUUGGCGUUCCGGUAGGGCAUAAUUUCAGCAGCAUCGGUUCAAUGUCGCUUGUGUUAAACCAGUGCGGUUGAAAUUAUCUGAACUUACCAAACGGUGCUGCACAGUAGUCAUAAUAAUCAUAAUUUCAGCGUGCCUCCGCAGAGUAUCGCUCGCUCUAGAAGAGGGAGAACGACUCGGAGGCACUCGGGACCCUCAGACAAAGUGGGAAGGCAGCCACGUGGCGAGCUGGCACCAACGAAUUGCCCAAAGCUCCUCGACACAUUAAGAUGUUUUCAACCAAGUCGGGUACGGGUAGCCGGGUAUCGGGUAGGGUACGGGUAUCGGGUACCCGGUUGCGACCUCUGAUGUGUGCGUUUCAUCCGGGUGCCCCGGUCUCGUCCCGCUCCGUGUAUAAAGCACCCUGGUGUGGCCGGGUACGGGUACGGGUAAGGAAUCAAAAUCCGUUUGCGACCUCUGGCACACAUGCAUGGUUGGGCAACAGUCUGCGUCAUACGAAGAUGACAGCUGGAGGUGCUGGAGAUGCCGUACCGCCUUCUCCUGGCAAGCCGGGGUACGGCUGCACCUCAACAUGAAGGGAGUUUUGCAGCAUUCGCGCGACCCUGCCUCCACAGUGCUGGAUUACAGGUGGGGGGAGUCAAAGGGGAGUCACGGAUGCCUGGCUAAUACGUAUCUACUACACACAAGGUGUGACCUAUAUCCAGCUUCCACUGUACAUAAGCUCUCAUACCAUACUCGGUGUGCAUUACACAAGUGUGCAACAUUCAUGUAUGCCCACUAUGGAUGUACAAUUUUGUGUCAGGACGAGGCCUGUCCCAGGUUCGCCCCUCCUGGUUGUUCGAUGGCUUUUCAUGAUUCGGGAUCAUGAUUCAUAUGAAGAAUUGUUUCUUUUUGUUUCGUUUGUACUGCGUUUGUAUUGUCUGUCGGCUAUGUCCUGUCUCCUUUGUUAAUUUAACCUCGGUAAUAUGGGCGUGUAAUUCGCACACGAUUGCCAGUAAUCAUAAAUAAUACUUAAACGUGCGAUUGGAUGCAUUUAUCCUUGUCAUAAGAAUACAUUUUAAUUGAAUAAUUGCAAGCAUGUACGUUUGCAUACACGCGCAUGCCUACUGACUUGUACACACAAACCCAAGUGCACAUACAUUCGCCUACAUUGACACUCAUCUUAAUUCUGACCCACAUGUGCAACACACUCGACAUAACAACAACAACAGCUGUCAUCCGCCACUAAGUGACGGCGACGUCACGACAGCGCUUGUGCCAGGCUAGGUGCACUUUUAACGGCCCUGUGAAGUCCUGAAGGCUCGUUGCUGGCCGGGCACGGGACAGACGCAGGUGUUCACUGACUGACAUGAAUGGCGGAUGCACCACCUGCGUUCCCCACUGUGCCAAAACACACACUGACCUCCAUGUCACGCGCGGAGCCAAUCUUGCUGCACACGUUUGUAUUUGAGUCUAGUUGAGACAGAGUGAGUGUGGAGUUUCCCUCAGGCCCUGCUCCUCGCCUCGACGGGAAACUCGCAGAUUUCUAACUCCCCACUUUACGUGAAAAAUUUGUCAUUGUUCGACUCGUUUCCAACUGCUUUGUAAUAAAACAAAAAGUCAGCACCAAA